AUGUUUUCCCAUCAGAACUCCAUCUUCCACACGGCCCAGCACCACUCAACUCUCGCGAGACUUGUCUUUGUUGUGGGAACAGCUGACUGCAGAAGAUUCUACCGAGUGUCUGUUCUGAGCGGUCCAAUAGUAAAACGGUGAUUUAUAGCUGAUUUAUUGUAUUGUGAAGGCACGGAUUAACAUUCACAACAUGGCUGAGACGGAUCCCAAGACGGUGCAGGACCUUACAAAUGUGGUUCAGACACUGCUGCAGCAGAUGCAGGACAAGUUUCAGACCAUGUCAGACCAGAUAAUUGGAAGGAUUGAUGAGAUGAGCACGCGUAUUGAUGACCUAGAGAAGAACAUCGCUGACCUGAUGACUCAGGCCGGCGUUGAAGAGAUUGAGGCAACGCCGGAAAAGGCUAAAGAGGGUCAGGGAUCGUAAUGAAGGUUUCUUAACCACGCGGUGUGAAGUCGGUCCAGUGUGUCUGGAGGCAGCAGGCUUCACUAAAAAUUACUUAUGACUUAUGUUAGAUGUUUUUAUAUACUGAAUAUUGUGAGAUGGUUACGGUAAUGUUAAAGCUAAAGGUUGAGCAUCAUUUGCAAGGUAGAAUAGUUUGAUAUGUCUUUCUGAUCUUCAGGUGGAAGAAAGCAGUUUCUAGAGGUUCUUUAGUUGCCAGCGUUUAAUGUGUCAGUCCCCGUAUGUGAUGGUGCAGCUGGAUCCAUGUCGGUAAAGCUCGUCUGAGGAGCAAACCCCACUGGCUGCCAGGCCGCAGCAUGGAUACGACAUACUGAACGGGCUGCCGUGUUUGACCACCAGCCCUGUUGCUCCAGAUGUGCUAAAUGCAUUCCACGUCUGAUCUAUUAAAGCUAUCUCUAUACUGCAGUUUGCAAUCCAUUUCAGUGGUUUGAUUAGUUUCUGAAUAACUAAAGUUAACGCUAGGGUGCUUGUUUUAUACGUUAUAAGCCAGAACUGUGCUGUACAUUAUUCACAGUAGUACUAUGCAAAAGUCUUGAGCCACCUAUUUAAGUAUGUAGGCCUUUACAUUUCUUCUUAAUCUUUGUAUGCAAACUUCAGAUUUGAUGGUUUAGGCUUGAAAAAGCAGUUACACCUGAUCACCCAGGGUUGCCCACUUUUUGCCACAUUUUACCUCCAUCCCAUUUGCUUUUUUACUCUAUUUUGAGGACAUCCGGCACCUAAAACUGAGAUUUUCUAUUUUCAUUAGUGAAUGAAUUACUGUUAGGAUAAUUAUUCUGCAACGAGUCUAAUAUUGUAAGAGUCCAGCUUCAUAAAAGGACUGUCUGGCUUAAGACUUAUGCACAAUACUCCAUCUGGAAUAUGUGAAUGUUGCAUGCUCCAACUUCUUCAUGCAUUAAAUAACAUUUUGUUGUUGGGAGAAACUGGUCGUUUAGAUGUUUAGAUGUGUGGCGUAACUGGAAUGAGCCGCUUUUAUUUAGAGUUUAAUCGCACCUUUACUGCCGAGAAGGAACUUUUAUUGAAAUCAAUAUAAAACAAAACAACAGCAAUCCUCCUAAUUCAGUCAAAAAUAAACAAGAAGGAACAACAGUUAACAUCAAGGCGAAGCUUCAACUGUCACACCAGCGUAACACACGGAGCAGACCGCUCCAAGCUCCUGCUGCUGGAGUUUCAGAAUUCAAAGUCCGCCUCGGUCAUAUCGAUGGCCCAAGCAAACUUCUCCCGCUGGGUUUUAUUGUAGAUUUUCUCUAUAGGCACCCCCAUGUUCUUACACCUGCAGAAACAAGGAGAAAAACAUCGUUUUACUUCUAUUCUUUUUCAAAUAAUAGUUUUUUAGUGACAAGCAAGCAGAGCUCCAUGUGUCACAGCAGCAGUCAUGUUUGAAUAAAAACCUUUACCAGAA